CUGUUGAGGCAUGAUGGACGUAAUUUAUGAGAGAAGUAAAUCGGGAUUUAGUCGUUUGCUUAUGUAUGACAGAAUUACACUGGAGGACAUCAGCCACCCUUCUUCACUGUCUAGGACGCCGAUUUAGGAACUAUCAGUAUUAAUUGUGCACAAGUGUCCUACUGAAAAAGCUUCAGCGCUGCACUCACUGUGUCUGUGACCAUGCUGGAAUGGAUCGCGAUCGCGUGCGUUGCAAUUUUGCUGGCAGUAAUCCGGUCCCGCUUUAAAGUUUCUGGCACAGAGAAACCGACAGAUAUUGCGCCGAGAGGACCGAACAGUCCGCUAAAAGACGAAGUCUCCAUCGAACGAACACGAAGCGUGGCGCUCAUCUGCAAACCGUCUGCCCUCGCCAACUACCUCCUAAAGAACUGCAGCACUUUCACUAACUACUCUCCGCGGGUCGGCUGGUCGUGGCGGGCCAGUGCCGUCCUCCAGAGCUUGCACGAGAUGUGCUGGUGUUACGGCAACCCGGUCCACUUUGUGCGGGAUAACCUGCUGUUGAGCGAUGAUGGGCUGGUGGCUUUGGACUGGGCUUAUCCAGCCCACCAAAUGAGACGCAGGACUUCCAGCCACUCCACCUGCCCAGUUCUUCUUAUCAUCCCUAAUUCGUUCGGCAAGAUCACCAGAAAUGUACUGAAGUUGUGUCAAACAGCUCUUUCCCAUGGAUACCUCCCUGCAGUCUUCAACCGGCGCAGCCACAAUGGCACCCCACUCACCACGAUCAAACUGCAGCAGUUUGGAGACCCUGCAGACCUGAGAGAGGCUGUACGCUACAUCCGCUACAGGCAGCCUGCUAGCAAACUUUAUGCAGUGAGCGAGAGCACUGGCUCCGGGCUUCUUCUCUCUUACUUGGGGGAAUGCGGCUCGUCCAGCUAUGUGACAGCGGCUGUCUGCCUGUCGCCUGUCUUUCGUUGCCAGAGUUGGUUUGAGAAUGGCCUCUGCUGGUCCAUGCAGUGGGCUUUGUUGCUCUACCAGAAAAUGUGCCUCAGCAGAUACAGGACGGCGUUGAGCUCUAUCAUACGAACGGACACCCUCUUUUCUACAAGUUCCCUACGGUGUCUUGAAGAAGUUCUAUUUUGUCAAACUGAGCAGGUUGGCUGUGCAUCGACAGCACCCACAGUGACACGCAUCAGCACUGCGGCUUCAUGGGAAGCUUACUGGGAACGCAAUGAAGCCUUAAGAGAUGUGGACGAAGUGGCGAUUCCAGUCCUGAGUGUAUGCGCUCAGGAUGACCCUGUCCGUGGGAAUGCCCAAUCCACAGUACCCUGGGAACUUUUCGAGAGCAACCCGCAUUUUUUCCUACUUCUAACAGAACGAGGCGGCCAUUGUGGUUUCUCCACACACUGUGAAGAAAACGCCACCGGGCCAGCUAACCCAAUGACUGAACCGAACAGUGUGACGGUAACUCGCGGAGCCAACUGGAGCCACCGAGCUCUUUUGGAAUUUUUCAAGGCAACUACAGACUUCAUUGCUGCAGAGGAGAGAACAAAACAGCUCACUGCAAAGAGGAAGGGUCUGGGGGGAGUCGCAGGAGGGAGGGUCUUCCGGCACCGUAGUGUCAGUACGUGUAAACGAGUACCCAUGUGCUCUCAUAAUAUCCAUGCCAUUUACAACUGGCAAAGAUCUUACACACGGUGAAGAAAGUCAAUGGAAGUUGAAAAUGUGCUUUUUCCACUCCAAAGCAAGAUGAUGGGGCCUUGAUAGUGUAGUGGUUUACAUAGCUGACUUUCAUGCAGAUUUCCUACUCAGGUUCAGGUUAGUCAUCUGCUGUUUGUGUUAGGUCAGCAGGGAUAUCCUUUACCUUGCUCCCAGCUCCUUAGCAGGAUUGGCGGUUUAAAACAAAAAUGAUGGAAAAGGUUUUCAAUUAAAAUUUUGAAUUCCAUAAAGAUGAAAGCCUUCUUAUUGUCAGCUUUUAAAAAAAUAAUGCCUCAACUUAAAAUGCAUUCAUGUAUCACCUCAUUCACAGCAAUUCGAAUUUUGUGGGGAUUUUUUUUCCGUUUUUUUUUUUUUUUUUUUUUUCUAUUCUAUCCAAGCCAGCUGACAUGAAAAGACUUUGAGACAUUAUUUUUCUAUUUAGUCAAUAAUUUAUGGCUGAAAAUGAAUGUUAAAUCCUUGAUGGCAGCAGUAUUUAAAGUGGGCCACAAGUUUACUAUGUUUAUGAUGUUUAUUAUAAAUAGUGUAGUUGAAUUCUGUUUAAACUGCACUCCUUUUCCAUGUCUGAAAGGCAGCAUAUUUUUAUCUCUCUUUGACCCAAUGGCAUUUUCCACAGAGGUUUAAGAAAUGGUGGCAUGAAGGUAAAGAAAUUUACUUCCCUAAAAGGUACAAAAGACUGACUUUUCACUUUAAGAUACUUACAAAAGCUUAACUUGAAGUGAGUAAGUGAUUUUCCGUAAUAAAAUUAACAUUACAGCUGUCACAGCAGAGUGAGUAAUGAGUGACAGUGUGUGUUCUUGACUACCUUUUGUAGCCGACACAGUACAAACUCUAUUGCACUUGUGCUUCUAGUCUACUUGUAUGUUUCAAAUUGUGCCCUGGCUUUGGCCUUGCGUUUGAGAUUCAGCAAAUUCUUAUUUUGACAUUUGAUAUGUGGGACCCAUUGAUUGACAGCAUUUGGCUGUUGCUUAGCUCAGACCUGUUUGUGUGGAGUUUAGCAUGUUCUGUAGUUACUCGGGUUAUAUGUCACAUUCCAA